AAUAUCAUAGAGAAAGUUGUAGGAAAAAAAUCAGCUGUUAGAUCAAUUUAUUACUAGUACGAAAAUUUCAUUUGUUACAAUAUUUUUUCUAUUCGUUAAAACUUUCACGUCAGCUAGGAGUUUCAACAUCGGCAUCUUCUAAUAAUCACUGCAGCUUCAUGUCAUCUUAGUGUCAAACGUCUACCUCCGAUGGAUGCUCAUGUUAACCACCACAUGUUCUAGUCGGUUUAUCCGUUUCAAAUUCAAAAUCAAAACUUACUUUAUUCGAGUCUAAAUUCAAAGAGACAGUUCGCACAUCACGAUGACCAGCAGUGGGGAGAUGGCCGAGGUGGCAAAGAGUGUGGUAAGUGAGCCGGAAAGGACCGAAGAGGAGGUCUCCCUGCAAGAGUUAAUUGAUUCAGAGCUUGCCCUUAGAGUGCCAACCAAAAAUUACUCAUUCACAAGAGAUUUCCUAACAGCCGAAAGAGAACAUUCGGACGCUACCUCUCCUCCUUCGCUUUCCCUUUUAGCUCUUAACCAGCAAAACCUUUCCCUUAACAAUAACUCGCCGUCCUCUGAGGAAUGGACGACCGUCGAAGAGAUCGCCAAAGACAUACAAAACGAAGAUGAGUCCAACCGCGACAACAACAAUCCCGACCAAGUGGAAGAACUCGAGCAGGAGGUCGUCGAAACCCAAGAGGAGGUAGUCGUUGAAAACGAGGAAUACACGGAAACGACAGAAAAAACGGACACUACAGAGAAUAUCGAUACCAGUCACAAUAUAUCUUAUGGAGAUGGCAUCUCCGACAGCGACUAUGGUGAGACUGAAACAGUCGAGACUACAGUUACAGAAAAGAAGAAGAAAAAGAAGAGCAAUGGUGAGGGAGACACAAACUUCACCAAGAUGAAAAAAACAAAAAAAUCCAAGAAAACAGAAGAAAAGGAAAAUCACAUAUCCGUGAUGACAAAUGGCCAUCAUUCAAGCCCAGAACGCACUCCUUCACCACCUCCAGUUGUCAAGGAAAACGAGCUUUCCAAUGUCUGCGUUAAAAAUUUGAAAUUAAACUACGUCACUGAGGCGAACAAAUUGGUGCAAACUAAGCCGUCGGAAGUACCAGUGCCUCCAGCAGUUUCCAUAAGAGAACUCAGGCGCAGCUUUGGUGAUAUUCAUAAGGCAUGUGAAACGGUUGAUAUUACUGAAACAACUAAUACUGAUAUACAUUUGCGUGCUAGAUCGUUGGGUGAUUUGUCAAGAAUCAGCAGGCAGCCGCCCAUCAUAACUGGAGUCAACGUAAAAAAGUUGGCAGCUACGUACUGGAGGACAGUUUCUAUCGAGAACAAUUUGAAUGAUCAUGGAAAUAAACGGAUUGGCCGUCUAGACAAAUCGAGUUUUAGCAAAUUUGAUCAGUUGAGCAAGAAAGUGCUCCAUGUCAGAUCUUCUGAUCCAGCUAAAGCCUCAAAAACUUUCAGUCAGGGAUCAGACAGCCAGACAUCAUCAACAUGCAAGUCCUGUGGGAAAACUGUUUUCGCCAUGGAACAGGUCAAAGCAGAAAAAGCCGUUUGGCACAAAAACUGCUUCAGAUGCCAAACUUGCAACAAACAGCUCACCAUGGACAUAUAUAGCAGCCAUGAGGGAACUUUAUAUUGCAAGCCCCACUUUAAAGAACUCUUCAAGCCCAAGGCAGUAAUUGAAGAUGAAGAACCAGUGAGACGUCGUAAACCUGAAAUGAUAAUAAGGGAGAACCAACCGUUGGAAUUGCCCCCUGAUGUUGUUAGAGCAAGCGAUAAGCCAGACCUCGGUUUGGACGAGCUCAGCUCUUUGAAUGUAAAAUCAAGGUUUCAAGUAUUUGAGAAACAAGACAAUACAGAUGGCGAAAUUGAAAAAUCGCCCACAACUGUUAGCGUUAAGAGAUCAUCGAGCAUUUUGAGCAAGCUUGCCAAAUUUCAAAAGAAAGGGAUGGAUGUGGGCGUGACAGAUGACGCGCUUUCCAACGGAUUUAUCUGCGAAUCUUCAUCAUCCAGCGAGGAAGACGAAGAUGAAGAUGAUGAAGAAGAUACAGGAAUCAUCAAGUGCAGGCGAAAGGCCAAAGAGAGGCCAAUGAGUUUUGGAAAAAUUGAUGACGUGAAGAAAAGUUGGGAGAGUCAGCAUGACCAAGCAACAAGAAGAGAAAUGAUGCGAGAACAGAAGAAAGAAGAACUGCAAGCUCUCAGAUCAAGGAUGUUCAUGGGCAAACAGGUUAAAAUGAAAGAGCUUUAUGAGCAGGCUGUUGCUGAGAGCGAAGGAAAGCCAGCGAAAAGCCUAGAAAACGAUAUUGUUCGUAGUGAAAAGGCCAAGGUUGUACGAGAGAAAUUUGAAAAAGGAGAACCAGUCCGUUCUGAUGAUGAAGAAGAUAACAAAGGAAAGAAGGUGGAGGAAGAUAUGAGUGUCUUCGAAGAAGGAAUCUCGAAGAAAUCAAGAAGUAUAUUCCUUCAAAUGGAUGCGAAAGCUGUAAAGUCGCAGGCUGUUAGUAAUAUUGUCCAGCCACCACGAAAGGAAACAAAGACCAAAAUGGCAAGGGAGGUGUAUUAUUCAAGACAAGCUUCUGAAGAUGUUGUCAAAUCGAGCGAUGUCGUUGAGGAUGCCACCGUCGAAACUGCUGACAUUUCAUCGAAAUUCAAAUUCUUUGAGACUUACAAGCCAAAGGAGAAAGAGAGAAAGGCUUUCAGAAUAACUCCUCCGAGAGAAGGACAAGUCAAGACUGAAUCACCAGAAAGGGAAGUUUAUCGCGACCCUGAUGUGGUGAGGUGCGAUGACAAAGUUGAUGACGAACAAACCGUAAAGAAGAGCCAAACUGCCAGCAGAAUGCUCUCAAUGUUCAGACAGAUGGAGGAGCAGAAAGAAGUCGUCCCUGAUGGACCUAAGCCGAAGAAAUGUUUCACACCACCGCCAGAUUAUAAGGGAAGCGGAAGCUCAGAGGAAAGCGAGGAAGACGACGGUGAAGAGGACGAGGAAGAAGAGGAGGAAGAUGAAAGCGAAAGGGAAGACGGUGUUGUCAAGUCUUCUUACAAAGUAAAAGAUGAAUUCCUCGAACAGGCGAGGAAUGCCGCAAGGGCCAAGCAACUUGCUGCUAAGUUUGAAUCCUGGGAACCUGAGAAGCAAUCAAACAACAAUGCGAUUACUAUGCUUGAUUCGGAACAUGCCAGUAUCGAUUCGACAAAGUCCUUAAGAGCGAAAUUUGAAUCCCUCAAGAGCGAACAGCCGAAAGAGAAGAGCAGGCCCAAAGUCAAUAGAUUUGUGGAAUCUCCUGUCGCGCCACCGUCCCUCUGUGCUUUGUGUGAUAGUAAGGUCUACCCGUUAGAGAAAAUUGAAACUAAUGGGAAAAUUUUCCAUAAGCAAUGUUUCCGGUGUACGUACUGCAACUGCAUAUUGAGAAUGGAUUCAUACACUCUAAACAACAGCCAACUAUAUUGCUUGCCCCACUUCAAGCAACUGUUUAUUUCUAAGGGGAAUUAUGACGAGGGAUUUGGCUCAAACCAGCAUAAGCGUAAAUGGGACACUCCCGCUGCCAACUGACAAAAACACUCCUUUGUAAAUUUUUAAAUAUAUAUUUAUUUUUUAAAAGAUCA